UGGGUGUUUGCUGCUAUCGCAACGUGUGGAGCGGCUGCAGAUUGACUUCAUAUUUGAAAAGUCCAAAUCAGACUGCCAGAAUCCAUCUCCAGGAAUAGGCAUGUCAGCUGACAAAGCAAUCAAUGCUGUUCAAUAUAGUCACGUACGUCAUAAAGGAUUCAGUCAUUAUAGAGUUAUAGCAAAGACUUCCUAUGUGGAUGAAACCUUGUUUGGAAAUUCUAAUGAGCUUCGGAGUCCAGUGGCUGAAUUUGAAUCACCAUGGCAUUCCACAUCCCAAACUGGUGCUCAACAACCAUCAUUGUGGAGUUCAAGUUCCCAAAUAAAACCUAGUGCUCAUGGAGAAGUUGGACUAGUUCCAAACCCACGUAAAUGUGGCACGCCAAUAAAAAAGAACAAAUACAGGUUAAAAGGCCAUGUGCCUAGCUACUGUGACGAGUCACUAUUUGGCCCAAAGCAAGAGGAUCCAAACUGGGAGGCUCCAUGGACUGCACAAGAAGAUAAAAUAAAGAUUCGUCCGCUCCUGUGGAGUCCCUCAGUCCAUAACGUUAGCUCAAAUGCAUUUUGUUCGUGUAGCUCUCAGUUCUCGUCUGCCAAAGGAAAUCCAGUGAAACCACUUUAUUUAGUCACAAGAGAAUCUUCUACUGAUGCUAUUGCUGAAAACAGAGGUAAAUCAGAUUAUUGGAAGCAGCCAAAGAGUGAUGAACACUCUACUAAUAGCACCCCAAUUCUCGAACAAUCAAAGUCUUUAGUGAGGAAAUCCAGUCCUUGGAAAAGAAUUGUGAAAACAGAUUUUGUGAAAGGAAAACUGAAUACUACAAGGAACACAGAGCAAUUGCAGUGUAAACCAAUUUCACCUUUUACUGGAUUCUCAGGACCAAAGUAUUGCAAUAAACAGAAAGCUGGUAAACUGUCAGAUUCUGUUUCAUAUAGCCAACCCAAGGUAACAGAUUCUGUCAUGUUAAGUCCUCCCUGGAAAUACUAGAGCUGAUUUCGGUAUAACAAAGACUGAGUUAUUUUUAAAACCGGUUUGUAAUAGGAAUGUAGCUACAUUUUCACUUAUCAUGAAAUAACAAUGAUUUAUUUUAAAAAAAGUUAAGUUCAACAAAUGAGAGAACUGUGGGAAGUGAGGUGAAUGUCACUGAGAAGAUGUUGAACCUGGUGAUUAUGUGGAACCAGCGAAAUUCAGAUCCUUCAAGAUGGCUCUCGAAGAACAACAGUGAAUUUUUUGGAGUCAUAGAGAUGUACAGCACAGAAUCAGAACCUUCGGUCCAACUUAUCCAUAUCGACAAGA